CGCGCCCCUCCCGCGCCGCGCUUCCCGCGAGGCCAGGCGGGAGGAAGCGGUCUCCCGGCAGCCGCGAGUGGACGCCGCCGAGGCCCGCGCGCCAGCCCGCAGGUGCAGCCCAGCAGGGACCCAGGCUCCUCGGAGGAUGGUGCGGAUCUUGGCCAAUGGGGAGAUUGUGCAGGACGACGACCCCCGUGUGAGGACCACCACCCCACUGCAUCGGAGCACCCCUCGCCAGAGCUUUCUCAACAGGGGCCAUGGUACCCUCCCGGGGGGUCUGGGUCCCCGCCAGCAGCAGUUGGGGGCCAGGUUGGGUGCUGCUCAGUCCCCCUUCAAUGACCUCAACCGGCAGCUGGUGAACAUGGGCUUCCCCCAGUGGCAUCUUGGCAACCACGCUGUGGAGCCGGUGACCUCCAUCCUGCUCCUCUUCCUGCUCAUGAUGCUCGGAGUUCGUGGACUCCUGCUGGUGGGCCUCGUCUACCUGGUGUCCCAUUUGAGUCAGCGGUGACCUCUGGGGGUGGGUGGGAAAGGUAUCUGUGGGGCAGGCACAUGGGUUUGGGAUCUGGUGAUGCCUUGAAGGUAAGGUCAAAGAAGGGACCACAGGUGUGUGUGUUUCCAUGUGUGUUAAGCAUGAUGCAGAGGGAGAUUCUAGGCCAGUAUUCCCAAAGUAUUGGGCAAAUACUUGGGUCCUUGAGAUGUUUUUAGGUGGUGUAGGGCCUGCAUUAAAUGAUACAGAAUCAGACUGAGAAAUGCAUUCCCUCUCCAAUUCUCUUUCAAUCCAUUUAUGCCAAGAAGAAAGUCUCAGUUUGGUGCCAAUAUGAAAUAACACCUUUGGAGCCUCUGUUGACUUCUCCUUUUACUAGGGAAAAGGCCUUGGGCUUAGGGCAGGUGGGAAAAGUUUCCAGACUUUUAUAGUACUAUUUGCUUUAAUUGUAUUUUUUAUUGGCUUCCUUUUAUUUAUGACAGAUGAUACUGGCAUGCUAUGUAUUGUGGUGACAUUUUCAAUAAAUAGAUUUAAGUAAAAAUGA